GGGUAGGUAUGACGAAGUUACUCGGGAAUUUGAUCAUAUAAGGGAGGUGAGAGAAAAAGAAGAUUAAUGCUAUGAAUGUUUGUGAAAGGUGAGAUGGGUGAGAAUGGUGAUAUUAUAACCGAACAGUUACUGGAGAAGAAGAAGAAGAAGAAGUAUUUUGAGGAUUGCUCUGGUUGUAAGAUUGAACUCUUGAAGGAAACAAAUUCUGCUGCUCCGAUCAGGCAUUUAUUCCUUGUUUGGAUUGUAGUCCUUUGCGCAGCUUUACCGAUAUCAUGCCUUUUCCCUUUCCUAUAUUUCAUGAUAAGGGACUUCCACAUUGCGAAAAGGGAGGAAGAUAUUGGCUAUUAUGCUGGUUAUGUGGGGGUCCUCUUAUUACUUCUUCAUCUCACUUGAAGGAUCUGCAUUUAUGUUUGGAAGAGCAUUGACUUCUAUCCUAUGGGGAGUGAUAGCUGAUCGUUAUGGUCGAAAACCUGUCAUUAUGUUUGGGGCAAUGGCUAUUGUUAUUUUCAACACUCUCUUUGGUCUUAGUACAAAUUUUUGGAUGGCAGUUUCUACGAGGUUUCUUCUUGGAAGUUUGUGUGGUAUGCUUGGUCCAAUGAGGGCAUAUGCUUCUGAAGUUUGCCGUAAAGAGUAUCAAGCUUUGGGAAUGUCAGUUAUUAGCACAUCAUGGGGCAUUGGAUUAGUCAUUGGUCCAGCUAUUGGUGGCUUUCUUGCACAGCCUGCAGAGAAAUAUCCUGAUGUAUUUUCAAAAGAUUCCCUGUUUGGAAGGUUUCCAUUCUUCUUGCCGUGCCUUAUAAUAUCAGUGUUCUCAUUAGGUGUGUUUAUUAUCUGCUGUUUUCUCCCGGAGACACUUCACAGCCAUAAAGAAUGUAACAAAGUAUUAGAUGACUCAUAUGAUCCUCUAGAGGAAACCUUGUCCAAGUCUAAUAUGGAUGAAAAAGUGAAGAUUAUUGAGCCAAGAUGUGCCUCACUAAAAAGCCUUUUGAAAAAUUGGCCGUUAAUGUCAUCCAUUAUCGUGUAUUGUGUUUUCCAGCUUCAUGAUAUGGCCUAUUCAGAGAUUUUCUCAUUAUGGGCUGUCAGCCCUAGGAAGAAUGGGGGGUUGAGCUUCUCAAGUGCAGAUGUUGGCGCAGUUCUUGCAGUUUCAGGCUUUGGACUGCUUGUCUUUCAGCUACUAUUUUACCCACUUGUAGAGAAUAAUUUGGGAGCCAUCACUGUUUCUCGCAUAGGAGCAGUCUUAACCAUUCCAUUGCUAUCUAGUUACCCAUAUAUAGCUAUGCUAACAGGCCUCACCCUCACACUAGUGGUGAACUCUGCAUCUUUGCUGAAGAACGUGAUCUGUGUAUCAAUAACUACGGGGUUGUUCCUUCUGCAGAAUAGAGCAGUGACGCAACAGCAAAGAGGAGCUGCUAAUGGCAUUUCCAUGUCUGCUAUGUCCUUAUGUAAAGCAGCAGGUCCAGCUGCAGGAGGUGCUCUCUUAUCAACUAUCUCAUUAUAUGCAGCUUUGCUUGGGCACAAAGGCGUCAAAAUGCUUUCUUUCUUCCAGAAUCGGAGCCCCAUUGAGGAUGAUGAUGUGAAGGCUAAUUUGGUCAGGUUCAAUUCUCAUUUCCCUUCUCCAAUCACCAAAGACGAGCGUGGCUGGCUGUUUAACCCCGUUUCUCUUGCCACUGAGUCCGGUGUUAAAGGUGGAGCAGUUAAUUGUGUUUCUCAACAUCUUGGGGAGAUUCGACCAGGUGCUAUGAGGGGAAAUCAUAGACAUUAUUCUGCAAAUGAGACAUUCGUUAUUUGGGGAGCUAAAACGAAAUUCAGGUUGGAGAAUAACCAGGUAGAUGAUAAAGGUUAUGCUGAGGUGAUAAUUCAUGCAGACGAGGUUGCUGUUGCAGCUAGCCCAAGAGGAACGGCCCAUGCUUUAGUAAAUAUCGAUCCUGUUCUUAGUACGUUCUUUAUAGGAUGCCAAGAUGGUGUGAUAAACAAUAUUACCUCAACUUCUGACUAUAAUGUCUGGAAAGAUCUCUAAUUGUUACUCUUUGCCUUGCACUUCAAUGCUUUACAAAUUAUCAGCAAUAUGUCGGUUAUUUUCUGCAACUACAAUACCAGGGUCUUGCAAGAUUAAAAUAGUAUAAUGAGGUUAGUACUCACAACAUAUUUGUACAGAGUACAUUUGCCAUUUCUAUGGCAUUUUAAUUUACAGGAACCUAUCUUUUUCCUUUUAAACUUUUGAGAGCUACAUCUAUCUUGUGCUUGAUACUGCAUGUAUAUAGCAAUAUAUUUGAAUAAAUGAAAUAAACCAUCAACAUGAUCGUUUAAGAA